AUGGAAGAAGCUAAUGGUUUCGGUUUCAAAAAGAUCUUCGGGUAUAGAGAUUCUGCUAGCUCCACAGGUUGGAAUAUUACCUCCGAGCGCCAGCAACUGAUUUCUUCUCUGAUGGUACUGGGUGCCUUUAUUGGAUCAUGUUCUGCAGGGCCCAUGGCAAGCUUCAUCGGACGAAAGACUAGUCUUCACAUUGCAGUUGUCCUGAUUUACGUCUCGAACAUUGUGAUGAUGACCACAGACACCAUAGGAGGUCUUUACGCUGGUCGUUUUAUCAUUGGAGUUGGGAAUGGGUUUCUUAUGACCUUUUCUCAGCUAUACAUUCAGGAAUGCUCACCAGCACGGUACCGAGGUCUCAUGCUAGGCUGGUUCCAAUUCUGGACAUCGUUCGGCUCUCUCAUCGGGACUAUCGUCGAUAACUUCACGUCAAAGUCUGUCGAUAAAGAUAGCUAUAUCAUCCCGCUUGGCCUAAUUUUCAUCGUCCCCGCUGUUUUGGUCACUGGUAUGCUUUUUAUUCCAGAAUCGCCAAGAUGGCUUCUCCAGCACGACGAAGUGGAAAAGGCUCGAAAGGCUUUAGCCUGGCUGAGGCCCGACCAAGAGACUGCGGAGAAAGAGAUGGAAGAUAUUCAGCAUGCUAUUGAGCUGGAGCGUAGCUUGGCGAGUGGCACCUCGGUCUGGGAUAUGUUCACUAAUCCCAUUGAUCGUCGUCGGACUAUUCUGGCUGUCGGUGCUGUCACCACUCAAGCUGCUUCUGGAGCUAUGUUUAUGAUCGCUUAUGGAACCUAUUUCUUCGAAAUGGCUGGUGUCGGAGAUGCCUUCGAGAACAGCUGCAUCCUUACUGCAGUGGGCGUCGUGGCUAUUUUACUCAACAUUGCCGUUGUCACUCAUAUCGGUCGUCGACGAUUAUUCCUGACGAGUGGUCUUAUACUAUGUGGAAUUAGCCAACUCAUCGUUGCUAUUGUAUACACGGUCAAGCCAGGAACGACAGCCACAGGCAAGGCGAUUGUAGGACUUUCUGUCAUCUUCAUCUUCGGUUACAAUGGAAUGGUGUCUACAUAUGCCUGGGUAUCGGGCGGAGAACUGCCAUCCCAGCGUCUUCGAUCCUAUACAUUCGGGCUUGCGGCGGCCAUUGGUUUCCUCGGAGCAUGGCUUACCACAUUCACCGCUCCUUAUUUCAUUAACGUCGCAUCGCUGAACUGGGGUCCAAAAUACGGUUAUAUAUGGUUCCCGUCUUGCCUUAUCGCUGCAGCGUUCAUUUACUUCUUCCUGCCAGAAGUCAAGGGACGUACUCUGGAAGAAAUCGAUGAGAUGUUUGAGCAACGAGUCCCAGCCCGGAAAUUUGCAUCCUAUAAGUGUGUUGGUUCGGCAGCUCUCGAAGCAAGGCGCAAGAGCUCGGCCAGUACUACCGAGGAUGCAAAUAAGGCGAGGGAUUCCGGAGACUCCGAGAAAGCUACAGUGGAGACUGUUGAAGACAAUGCUUGA